UUCCAGUGGGUUGGAGAGACAGUAACGGCAUCAUUAUACUGGGAACUGCAGCUGGCAAACAACAUCGAGCAGAGUGCAGGAACCAGCAGUUAACUGGCAGCGGCACGGUAAUGGGAUAGAAGAGUGAUAGCAAUGUGGAGAAAAUGGGGAACCAUGCUGGGGCAGAUACUGCUUCUACUCAUGUCUGGAGGUGUGACAGCCAAAACUUGCGGAGUCAUUUCCAUAGACUCUCACACAGUCCAACUUGGCUCCCCUCUCUCUGCAUCCUGUGCUGUUGGCAAACAAUUCUGCCCUGAUGUUAACCAGGAUGUCCAAGUCAUUUGGAAACUAGACCGAGCAUUUACCCCAAGUAAAGAUUACAGCGAUGUUCAGCAAAAUGGAUCUUCAAUUUACUUCAGAAGUUUCAACAAGACUUCUGCAGCACUGUCUUGCUACUUUAAGAUGGAUCAAGGCCUGCAGCUAAUGGACAGAGUGGAAAUCAAUGCAGGCUAUCCUCCACCUAAACCGACCAAUCUGACCUGCCAACUAAACGUCACAGAUGGAAGGCUAGUAUGUAGCUGGCAGCUUGGGAGUGACCCCUUGAUAAAGACCAAUGCCACACUAUCCAUUGCUAGGACUAACGAAUAUUGUGAACCAUUUGUGGGGGGAAACUACCAUUGUGUCCCCCAACCUGGUGAGACAUCAUGCACCAUAACUCGUCAUCAAUACCAUCUCUACAAGAAACAUGCAGUUUGGAUUACAGUCCAAAAUGAGUUGGGAUCUGCCAAUUCAUCCUAUCUCUGUCUCACGCCAAUGAACCAAGUAAAGUUGGACCCUCCAGUCAUCAAGGAAGCAGCACCAGUCCUGUCUCGCCCGCAAUGUGUCAGGAUUCUGGUGAAAAAGUCAGAAACAGGAAGUUAUAUUGACCAAUGGUAUCAAUUGCGCUACAGAAAAGUAGAAGAGAGCCAAUGGACAGAGACUCAUCCCAUGACUGAAGAUUAUGAAGUGCUGGAAUACUGUAACCUUUUCCCUACUACAAGAUAUCAUUUUCAAAUCCGUUGCAUUAGAAGAUAUCUAGAAGGAUACUGGAGUGAAUGGGGAUCAGAUACAACUUUGCUCACAGCUGAAUCAGCUCCCACUGGUAAAGUGAAGACCUGGUGGAGAAGUUUAGAAGCUAAAAGUGAUGGCCCAACAAAAAUACAGCUGUUGUGGAAGGCAUUGAAGAAGGAGGAAGCCAACUCUGAAAACCCCUGGUACAUUGUGGGUAUCAGACUAGAUACAGACUGGAAUGGCAAUGUGGUGUGCAACACAACUGCUCUCAACUGCAGUUUUCACCUGCCAAAUGGAGCAACUGGUGCUUUUCUAUGGGUUUAUAACACUGUUGGACAUUCACCAAGAAUGGAAAUUGACUUUACAAACAGAAGAAUUCCAGGUAAGCCCGUCUCCUGGAUCCACGUGUUUCCCAAUACUGAUCACAGCCUUGCUGUGAAGUGGAAGUUGCAAGCCAUGGCUAAGAGCUAUGUGCUAGAGUGGAGAAAAAGCUCACAACAUCCGGAAAGUGACUUCAACUGGAAAACUGAGACAGAAGGAAGCAGCAUGUCCAUCUUGCAAGAUAUUGAACCUUUUCAGCAAUACACUGUAUGGGUUUAUCCUGUAUAUGAGAAUCAAGUCGGGUCCCCAGUACAGGUUAAUGCCUAUUCUAGACAAGGAGCUCCAGAAUUUGCCCCCAAACUUACAGUAUUAGAUGUCGCUAAGUCAGCAGCCUAUCUGUCCUGGGAAUCAAUCCCUUUGGAGAAACGCCAUGGAUUUAUAACAAACUACACCAUCUUCUGGACCGACAGCAAUAGACAAACGCUCUCUGCAACUCUGAACAGCUCCUUGACAAGAUUUGUGAUCAAGAACCUACAGCCUUUAGCCAUGUAUACUGUGCAGAUAAGUUGCUCAACAGCUGAAGGCAGUGUAAACGGAUCAGUUCUCAUGAUUAAUACCACUCUCUUAGAUGAGAUGGAGAUCCACAUAUUAAUACUGGUUCUGUGUUUGUUAUUUGCGACUCUCAUUGGAAGCUUCUUCUUUUGCCUGGGAAAACAGGAAAGAGUGAAGAAUACGUUUUGGCCAAUUGUACCAGACCCUGCAAACAGCAGCAUGGGGAAAUGGAGCCCAGUAUUGAAUGAGAGCCCCAAGAUGUCAUUUAACAUCAAAGAAAUUAAUCAAAUGAUUACCAGUGAUCUCACAAUACUGGAACGGUGGCCUGAGAAGAAACCCCCAACUACAGAUUCCACCAAAUGCACUCCUGUUUCAAUGAAACACAAGCCACACUGUAGAAAUGAAGACACUGAGGAGCACAGGCCCUACAUCAAUGUUGCCGACACUGUGCAGUAUGCCAAGGUGAUUACAGGAGGCUACCUUGGACAAAGUCCCACAUCAACUUCCCACUUACGGUCUAACUCCACACAACCUCUACUCAGCGACACUUCUCCCAGCCCCCAAACUUAUGAGAAUAUGUGGUUUCAUAGCAACAGUCAAGAAGACAGCAUCUUUCUUGUUGAAGACGAGAACCUGAGCAACUUCCCUCUGCUGCAGGCACUGAAGAUCCAAGAGGAUGGAGAGAUCUUCAGUUUUUAUGACUGAAGGAUCUGGUAACUGCUUUUAGACUGAGCAUUCAUGCCCAUUUAUAAUACUAAAUGCACUUGAAAAUUUGUGUGAGAUCCUUUUAGCAUGUCUUAAUUCACAUAGCACACAAUUAGUACUUACACAAUUAAGUGCUGUAUAUUACAAUGCGUAUACAUAGAAAGAAGUACACAUAUUUGUACAACUGUACAUCAUACUGUGAAAAGGGCAUCUAGAGACUUGUAGUCUUUACGACCAGACCAGAGCAUUGCCUCCAAAACACAACUCUAUAAGGGAAACACUGUAGUUAAAACUAAAAGGACUUUUAUAAGGAAAAUAUCCCUAUGGUGUUCUUGGUCAACAAAAGCAGGAUUUUUUUUAGCCUUUUGUUCUAGGUUUGGAUUUUAGAAAAACUGCUAAGAGCCAUAUAUGCCCUUUUAGAAUUGUAUUUGUUUAAUUACACAAACCCCUAUGUUUAUAAACUUACAGCAUUUUUGUCUCUCACCAAUAACAGAAUAUAUAUGGGGACCUUACCAAUUCUACAAUGUUGCAAAUGUAUUUGCUAAUUCAUGUCCAAUUACAUUUUUAAUAUGGUCACUUAUCAUUUUUUAGGCUAAGCAAACACAGCAAAUCUGUCGCUAUUCAUGGAAACUAUACAUUACAGAAAUGCUGUCCUGUUUGUUUCAUUUUUCCCAAAUUAUUACUUUCAGGGGAAUUAGCCAUAGUGCAGUAUGUCUUUUAGAUCUAGAUUCCCUUGCUUUAAAUGUUUUAUAAAAAGAAUGGUCGUAGAAGGUUCCUAAGUGUUUCUCUGUAUUCAGAAUAUAGGAUUUUAAUAGAAACAAAAUAUGGUGAGAGCACUGGGUGAGAAACAAAAUUCUAAUCAGUGGGGUCUGUGGCAUAAUUAAUACAAUGUGGGAAACAAUAUCUCUCUAGGCCAGGUAACGUGAUUUGGUAAGAUAUUUUAAAACUACAAAUCAGUUUGAUGGUAAUGAAGGAAUAAAUAGACAUAUUGGGAAGGGGGGGGUUCAAACCCUUACACCUGCUGAUAGUUCAUGUUUUUCUGGGUCCACACCCUUUACCACAGUUCUACUUACUAGCCCCUUUCACUUCAACCCUCCAGUACCCUUUACUGGAAAGUUCCCUAAUUUCACUAAAUCACCUCUCCUUAUUAAUUAUGUCCAAUUAAAUACACCUUAGAGAUUGCAUUUAAGUUGGAAAUGUAUUUCCACCAUUUAGAGCUUUGUUAUUAGACCUCACCUUAAGCUUGGCAUUACAGUCCACAACUGUGACCCAUGAAACACUGCAUUUGUUUAACCAUUAAGUUUGACCCCUGCAAAUGAUUUAUAUACACAUACAUAUAUAGACCUAUUGAUACAUUCACUCAUUAGGCCUGGCAACUUCUUCUGUAAUAUUUCAGUUUUGUUUAUAAAACAGUUCUACCUCAUAUUUGUCUCACACCCUUCUUCAGUUUACCCUCUUUUUCUAGUAUGUGCAACACCUUCUAGGUGUGAAAGAAUUCUAAUCCCAGGUGUUCCCUGCUACACUAGUGUUUUUGCUGUGGUGAUUAUACGUGAUACAACCAAAUUGUAGCAAACUAUAUAGCAAGCAGAAAGAUUCUCCAGGCACUAGUAAAGGUAGCAUGCUUCUUUUUGGGGCAGCUCUCAAUUCCAGAGGAAUAGCAGAAGACUGUGUCUGCUUUCUGGACUAUAGAUUUGCAAGACCAAGGGCUAAAGGGAUUCUGUUGUUGCAGUUGUCAUUGAUACCACAAAAUCAGAGCAGCAAAAAUGUAUUUGUAGGAUUGCCUUUACUAGGGCAAACUGCCAGUGCCUUGCACAAUUGUAUUGGUAAUGAAGAAUAUCCUCUGGAUAAGGACAGAGGGAAAAAACUUCAGAAAAUAAGGCCAUUUUCCAUGCUGUUUUAAGAAGGGGGACAUGUUUUUCAUUAACUUGUACAGUAAUAAAUCUCUCUAUCCAGUUAAACUUGUGUAAAAUACCUUGUGCACUACUGCAAAGAUACCAACCUGCCUUGCACACUGUAUUUUACUUAAGUGCCUCAGUAACCCUGCUCUCUUGUAAAACCACCUCAAAGUGCACUUUAUGCUUUUAAAGAGUUUUUAUUAGUAAAUGUUACAUUUAUGAUUAAAUAUAUUUUUGCUGAACUUUUUUGUAGUUUUUUGGAGAAUGUGUUCUUGAGUAUAAAAAGUUGUGUGUACUGUUUGUUUUUGUAGAGUCAAAACUAUUCUAUGUGAAUGCAUAAGCUACUUUCCUUUUUCACAAAUGUAUUUGCAAGGUAAAUGCAAGUUGCAUUUUAUAUCAGUGUUCUGUUACAGUACUAUGAAAAAUGUUGAUGCUUUAAACAAUAAACUAUAACAUUUGUAUUGGA